UCUGUCAAAAUAUGAAAUGUCAAAUCUUAAAUGUCAUUUUUUCUAUAUAAUAUUAAAUUUAUUUGCAUAAUUUCAUGAAUAACAUAUUAAAAAUAAUAAAAACACGAGUUGAUACUCACUUUUCUUAACCUCUGGUGCAUUUUAUUACGAUGGAAGACGACGACGUACCGACGCUAUCCUCUGAAACAUUCGCUGCCUUACAAGAAUUUUAUGCAGAACAACGGAAAAGGCAAGAAAUUCUUGAAAAUUUGGAGUCGAAACAACAGCUCACCGAAAAUAUUAUAUUUGAAGAAAAUUGGCAACUAAGUCAAUUCUGGUAUAAUGAGAGCACAGUACAGGCCCUAGUGAAAGUUGUAGAUAAGUGCUUACAAGACAGUGAAAAGGUAGCCCUUAUAUCUUGCCCAACUCUAUUUGUACCCGUCAAGAGACAAUUAGAAAACAGAGCAAGAGUUAAUUUGUUGGAAUAUGACCGACGAUUUGAAGUACAUGGAAUAGAUUUUAUUUUCUAUGACUACAAUGAACCAAUGAAAUUACCGUCAGACUUAGGACAUUCCUUUGAUCUUGUGGUAGCUGAUCCACCAUUUCUGUCUGAAGAGUGCAUCACAAAGACAUCGGAGACUAUCAAGCAUUUAGCUAAGGAUAAAGUUAUUGUAUGUACAGGUGCUAUCAUGAAAGAUCAUGUAGAAAAGUUAUUAAAUUUAAAACAAUGUACAUUCCAGCCUCAGCAUCGGAACAACUUAGCUAAUGAAUUUUCUUGCUAUGCUAAUUUUGAUUUGGACAAUAUUUUAAGAUAAAGGUUUGGUGAUAUUGUAAUGUUUACUGUAUAUAUGAAAUUUUUUAUUUAAGAUUCUGAUAAGAAUCAACUAUAUGCAUC